AUGGGUGAUACGCAAAGUCGGCGGCAGGCGUACCAGGUCGAGCGCGAGGAGCAAAGGGCGAGUAGGAGUAGGACCCCGGAGCUACAGUUAUUGGCCUCACCGCUAGUGUCAGCCGCGGGAUCCAUGGGACCGACGGUGUCCCCCGUGGUAUCGCCGGGGUACACCGAGGCGGAAAGUGACCUAGAAUUGGUGAGCUGGGAGCCGGCGCCACGGAGAAAACGCGCACGCGAGGCGAAGCGCGAGGAGCCCCGGACCAGCAGACGUGAGGAGCCCCACACCAAGCGCGAGGAGCCCCGGACCAGCAGACGCGAGGAGCCCCGCACCAGCAAGCGCAAGGAGCCCCGGACCAGCAGGCGCGAGGAGCCCCGGACCAGCAAGCACGAAGAGCCCCGCACCGGCAAGCGUGAGAAGCCCCACCCCAGCAAGCGCGAGGAGCGGCCUGAGGGUGGAAGGAGGGGGCGCACGGAGACGCGGAAGGAGGAGCCCAGUGAGCGGGCCUCGAAGCGGGCGUCCCCGCGUUCGACGCGUACGGCCAAGGAAGAGGAGUCGUCGGCACGCACAAGGGGGAGGUCGACGGCGCGGCGAGGGGAUCAGCGGCCGACAGACCCACAGGUCGAGGAGCCGCAGCCAACGCCGACCGAAACCGCGGUCAAAGAGCCGCAGACAACGCCGACCGAAACCGCGGUCAAAGAGCCGCGGGCAACGCAGGCCGACAUCGCGGAAAACAACGCGGCCGCUGAGGCACGACGCCUCGCGGAAUGGCACCGGCGGUUCGCGCUGGCCGCGGCGGCGGAGGAGCGGAGGCAACGGCGUGUAUGGGAGGACGCCUUGUCGCUGGCAAAGAGGCUGAAGACCACGCAGGAGGCUGAAAAGGCGGCGCAAGAAGCGGAGGCGGAGCGCCACAAACGGGACGUCGCGCACCAAUGGCGGUACGGGCUGGCGGUGAUCUCCAGCGAUGAGGAGGAGACGGAGUGCCCACCAGCGCCGAAGGCGGCUCGAGUCCAGUCGCCCGAAAAGGAGUGGCAGGAGAGGCUACGACGAGCCGAGGUGGAGGAGGAAGAGCUCUGGCAGCCACCCCCUGAACACGUCGAGUCCGAGGAGGAGCCACGGCCGCAGGCCCCACCGUCACCGGGGGCAGAGGAAGAGCUGUUCCAGCGUCGGCCGCCGGCUGACAACGCGCGUGGUCAAGGGGGUCAGCAGCAGCAGCAUCAGCAGCAGCAGCAGCACUGGCACGGGCCACAGGGAGCCGCCAUACGCGGUACGAGACGGCAUGAUCCCGGGCAAGAGGCGAGGGAGGCUCGACUGUGGGAGGAGGCACCAUGCGCCAGUGACGAGCGGGACCCGAGGCGGCGGGCACGGCCACAGGAGUCGACAGGCCCAGCGGUGGCACCCACAGCCGAAGAGGUGCCCGAGGAGGCGCCCGGGGGGACGGCAGAGGUCGAGACGGAGGGUACGACGAACACGCCAACAUCACUGACGGCGGAGGGCCCAGCGGCGGCACCCGAAGUCGAGGUGGCGACCGACGGCGAAGCGGAUGACGGCGCGAGAGCAACGGCGGAAGCGAAGAAGGACGAGGCUGCGGAACAACACUCACCUGAGCCAUGA